AUGCCGUUUUUUAUCCGAAAUCGGACGCAGCGCAAUGGUGCGAAUGGCGGAAAUAAGCUCAAAAGAAAGCUCCCACAAGCAUUCAAAGUAUCAAAACGACAAGCGAAACUGGCAAAUGAAAUUAUUUCAUCGGAUGAGGACAAUCUCUCCAACGAUGAUGAGGGCAAUAACAAAUUUGCGGCCAGUGACGAGGAACAGUACGAGGAUGCCGAGCAAGAAGUUGAGGAAGGACAACCCUAUGAUGAGGAAGCAAUCGCUAGUCGAUUACGGGAGGAUGCUUUAUCAAAACUUGCCACAUUGCACAAAUCGGUUGCCGACAGAGUAAAAUUGAGUGGUACAGCAGUACAAUAUCGAGCACAUAGAUAUUCAACAGUUGCUGUUGCUAUUUCGCAUGAUGGUCGAUAUGUUUUAAGCUGCUCCAAAGAUGCCACGUUGGUCAAAUGUUAG